CGCACCGUGCCGGAGCGGGAUUCCAGCGGCGAAAGCGCCUGCAGAGACCGACUCGUGGUCUCGGGUCCCGCACUCCAGCCUCUAGCAACCGGGAUUUGCAUUCUGCUUGUUCUGGACCGAGGUUCCCAUGCUGAAGUCACUCGAAAAGGAGAAAAUGUGUUCUGGAUUGGGUUUCAUACCAAGAUACUGGAUUCUCCCAGUUCAGAUAAAGAGCUCUGAGCAUGUAACAGUGAAAAUGGAUAACCUGCAUUCACAGCACACAGACUGAAGACAUGACAGUUAAGGAACACACGUGGACUUGUGGCACAUGGAUAUGUGUGCACAAAAAAAGGAAAUCUGUAAUUCUUUAAAGAUAGGAAGACAUUCUUCCUCACCAACAUGGGUACUUUCUGCUCAGUUAUCAAGUUUGAAAAUCUCCAAGAAUUAAAAAGACUGUGCCACUGGGGCCCCAUUAUAGCCCUCGGUGUUAUAGCAAUAUGUUCUACGAUGGCCAUGAUUGACUCUGUGUUGUGGUAUUGGCCUUUACAUACAACUGGAGGAAGCGUGAAUUUCAUCAUGUUGAUAAAUUGGACGGUCAUGAUUCUUUAUAAUUACUUCAGUGCCAUGUUUAUUGGUCCUGGCUUUGUCCCUCUGGGGUGGAAACCAGAAAAUUCUCAGGAUAGCAUGUACCUCCAGUAUUGUCAAGUCUGCCAAGCAUACAAGGCACCACGGUUACAUCACUGUCGAAAGUGUAGCAGGUGUGUGCUGAAGAUGGACCAUCACUGUCCUUGGAUCAACAACUGUUGUGGUUACCAAAAUCAUGCUUCAUUCACACUGUUUCUCCUGUUAGCACCAUUGGGUUGUAUUCAUGCUGCCUUCAUUUUUGUUAUGACGAUGUAUACACAGCUUUAUAACCGGCUCUCCUUUGGCUGGAACACGGUCAAAAUUGAUAUGAGUGCAGCCCGGAGAGAUCCUCUUCCAAUUAUUCCGUUUGGAUUAGCUGCAUUUGCUGCCACCUUGUUUGCCUUGGGAUUAGCUUUAGGAACAACCAUAGCCAUUGGGAUGUUGUUUUUUAUCCAGAUAAAAAUAAUUCUCAGAAACCAAACUUCUAUUGAAUCAUGGAUUGAAGAAAAGGCUAAAGAUCGAAUUCAAUAUUAUCAGCUAGAUGAAGUCUUUGUUUUUCCUUAUGACAUGGGGAGUCGAUGGAAGAACUUUAAGCAGGUAUUUACCUGGCCAGGGGUCCCAGAAGGAGAUGGACUGGAGUGGCCAGUCAGAGAAGGCUGUCACCAGUACAGCUUAACAAUAGAACAGUUGAAACAAAAAGCAGAUAAAAGAGUAAGAAGUGUUCGGUAUAAAGUAAUAGAAGAUUACACUGGUGCCUGCUGUCCUUUGAACAAAGGAAUCAAGACAUUCUUCACGAGCCCCUGCACGGAAGAGCCUCGGAUACCACUGCAGAAAGGGGAGUUCAUUUUGGCCACGAGGGGGUUACGAUACUGGUUGUAUGGAGACAAAAUUCUUGAUGAUUCCUUUGUAGAAGGUGUUUCAAGAAUCAGAGGGUGGUUCCCUAGAAACUGCGUGGAGAAGUGUCCCUGCGAUGCUGAGAUAGAGCAAGCCCUAGAGGGCGAGAAGAAAAACAGAUAGCCACAAUCAAAAUCCAGUGAUUCCUUAAGCCCACCCCAUUACUUGAAAAUUGUGCAUAUCACUAAAGAAUUAUGCAAUGAGCCUACUCUGGUUAAGGUGUUCUUUUCCUCAAAGGUGCCCUAGUGCCAUGGUCUAAAUAUUGUUAUGAACAUUUUGAAAUGGAGAAGCCAUUCUGCAUAUGCCUUUGAAUUCCUGCCCCUCUUGGCCACCUCUUCCUCGCCCCAAAAGGAAAAAACACUUCACCCCAGUAAGUCAGUUGCAUUUUCUCUAGGGUGUUUUACGCACUGCACACUAUGGACCUCACUUGCAGAUAUCGUUCCCCCUUUGCCAGGAGCAUCUGCAUGUGAUGCUUCUGUCCCGUUUCCCCCUCAGUUGGUAUUUCUUACGUAAUAUUCUAGAUACUGUAGAACUUAAUUUGUCAGAUUCAAUAUAAGCUCAGAUUUUGUUACCUGUCUUUUAAUAAUGCUUAUUUUGUCAAAUCAAAUAAAUAUCAAUGGAUGUUCUCUAUA